GCCAAGAUGAACAGGGUGAAGAUUGAGGCCACUCAGUACUUGAAGGCUCAGGGCGUUGACACCACCGUCCUGCCACGACCUGCGGCCAUCUCCAACAGAGCCGUCUACAGCUCCAUCAACCGAUGCGUCUUCCAGAUCGACCUGGGAACUACUUUCGUGAUGAAAGCUGCCAUCCUUCUGGGGGACUCCUGCAUCGACAUCAUCGGACGCACAGACAACAAUGCACUCUGCGUUGGCCUGUGGGCGGGCGUUCCUGGCGGUGUUCUGGGUAUGUCGGCAGCCGGAGCCAACUUGCAAGCUGCCUUUCAGAAAGCCUUCGGAAAGUG